AUGAAACCAUCCAUUUCAAUCAGUGACUAUGUAAAGAGAUUAGUUCAGUAUUUAGGGUGCAGCAAAUCAUGCUUCAUAAUUGCAUUAAUUUAUUUAGACCGUAUUGUAAAAGAAAAACAAGUUCACAUCAAUUCGUACAACAUUCAUAGACUUUAUUUCUCAAGUAUACUUGUAUCAAUUAAAUUUUAUGAUGAUUAUUUUUAUCCAUUAGAAAUCUAUUCAAGAGUUGGUGGUGUCUCAAUUCAAGAAACAAAUAAAAUGGAAAGAGGUUUAUUGGAACUAUUAAAUUUUAAUGUUAAUAUUUCUUUAGGUGAAUACAACGAAUAUCUCUACUAUUUAGAUAAGAAG